AUGGGUAUUAAACAGCUAUACCAGGUGAUCUCCGAGAAUGCGCCCGACGCAAUCAAGGCCGGAGACAUUAAAAACCACUUCGGCCGCAAGGUCGCUAUAGUACCCUCCCAACUAACGCCCCCCAGCUCCAUGAGCAUCUACAGUUUCCUCAUCGCCGUCCGUUCCGAAGGUCAACAGCUCAUGAGCGACACCGGCGAGACCACCUCACACCUGAUGGGCAUGUUCUACCGGACGCUGCGCAUGGUCGACAACGGCAUCAAGCCGCUCUACGUUUUUGACGGGGCACCCCCCAAGCUCAAGUCGGGCGAAUUGGCCAAGCGGACCGCGCGCAAGACCGAAGCGACUGAGGCCCACGAAGAGGCAAAGGAAACCGGCACCGCGGAGGAUGUCGAAAAGUUCUCCCGCCGGACGGUGCGGGUCACGCGGGAACACAACGCCGAGUGCAAGAAGCUGCUGAAACUCAUGGGCAUUCCUUACAUCGAUGCGCCGACGGAGGCGGAGGCGCAGUGCGCGGUGCUCGCGCGCGCCGGAAAGGUCUACGCGGCGGCGUCGGAGGAUAUGGACACGCUGUGUUUCGAGGCGCCCAUCUUAUUGAGACAUCUGACGUUCAGUGAGCAGCGGAAGGAGCCCAUCCAGGAGAUCCAUCUCAGUCGGGCGCUGGAGGGGCUGGAUAUGGACCGCGCCAAGUUCAUCGAUCUGUGCAUCCUCCUUGGAUGCGACUACCUCGAGCCAAUCCCCAAGGUCGGACCCAACACCGCGCUCAAACUGAUCCGGGAUCACGGGUCCCUGGAGAAGGUGGUCGAGUACAUCCAGAACGACCCGAAGAAGAAAUACGUGAUUCCCGAGGACUGGCCGUACCAGGACGCGCGGGAGCUGUUCCUGCACCCGGAUGUGCGCGACGCCAACGACCCGGAGUGCGACUUUAAGUGGGAGGCGCCGGAUAUCGAGGGGCUGGUGGAGUUCCUGGUCAAGGACAAGGGGUUCAACGAGGACCGCGUGCGCAAUGGGGCGGCGCGCCUGCAGAAGAACCUCAAGACGGCGCAGCAGUCGCGGUUGGAAGGAUUCUUCAAGCCGGUGGCGCGGUCGGAUGAGGAAAAGGCGACUCUCAAGCGGAAGCACGACGAGAAGCUGCAGGAGCAGAAGAAGCGCAAGAAGGAGGAGGCCAAGGCGAAGAAGGAGGCCAAAGCGCGGCCUCGUGGAGCUGGUUAG